AUGGAUUGUAGAUCAAUUAAAGAAAGAAAUUAUUUUUUGGAAAAGCCUUUAUCUACUGAAGAAGGGAAAUAUCCAUUAGCUUAUGCUAGAAUUGUUUAUAAAGAUUACCGGAUUUUCGAAGCAGAAUUAGCUACUAAUUAUCGCCCCCAAAAUUGGUAUUGUUUUGCUAUUGAUUCGAAAGCCAGGGAACUUUUUGGUAAAAGAAUGCGCUCCUUGGCUAAGUGUUUCAAAAACAUUAUAAUUCCUAAUAUCCGGUAUCCGGUGGAUAGAGACGGUCAGUUUGCUUAUUUUCUGAUUUACAUACUCAAUUGA